GUAGGUAGAAGCCCUCAGGGACAGAGGGCAUCCUCAAACCACAUCCAUGGGUGUCCCUACUUGCUGGGCGUGGUAGGAACCCCAGACUCUGAGGACUAGAGCCCUCCCUAUAACUUUCAUCUAGAGCCUCACAUGGGAGCAAGGAACCAGGAAACUGAGGAGAAAAAGGAGAACUAGGCAAGAGGACAUUCUACUGUGUAUAAGGAGACUGCUCCUUUGUCCCUCUAGGCUCUGGCAUGGGUGCAGGUGACAAAUGAGCUGAAGAAAUGAUCCCCAGAGGAAUAGGAUUGUGGCUGCCUUCAGCUCUGCUCCUCUCUCGGGUCCCAGGCUGUUUCCCUCUGCGUGGCCCCAGCAGUGUGACAGGCACUGUGGGGGAGUCCCUGAGCGUGACUUGUCAGUAUGAGGAGAGAUUCAAGAUGAAUAAGAAAUACUGGUGCAGAGGGUCACAUGUUCUACUUUGCAAAGAUAUUGUCAAGACCGGAGGCUCAGAAGAAGCUAGAAAUGGCCGAGUGUCCAUCAGGGAUGAUCCAGACAACCUGACCUUCACAGUGACCUUGGAGAGCCUCACCCUGGAGGAUGCAGGCACCUACAUGUGUGGGGUGGAUAUACCAUUUACUAAUCACCCCUUGGGGAUUGAUGAGUUCUUCAAGGUUGAAUUGUCUGUGGUCCCAGUCACAGGUUCAAGCCUUUGGAGCAUUACAACAGUCCCAGAGACCAUCAGAUCCUCACUGGUACAUGCUCAGCCCAGUGUGACCACAGAAGACACAAUUCCUGCUCCUAGGGCACGGCCUUGGUCUCUUCUGGGCAGCCUCUACCUCUGCAUCCUGGUGUUUCUGGAGUUGCCAGUGUUCCUGUGCAUGCUCUGUGCUGUCCUGUGGGUGAACAGGCCUCAGAGGUGCUGUGGGUGACAUAGCAUUGGGCCCUGUCAUGAGUACCAGUGAAGUCUGUUGAUAUGGAGGCCCUGUCCCUGGAUGCAUCACCUCUGGUGGCCAAGGACAACCAAUAAAGCUGUGUUCUUGAGAA